AAAGCCCUUCGUUAUUGUGUUAUUUUUGGUCUGAUGACUGGGUGUAUUUAUAGCUUUAUGAAGGAAUUUGUUGGGGCUUAAGAAUGGGCUGAAAUGCAUUGUAUGAUUCCCUGCUUAUCAUGUGACAAAAUGGAUUAUCCCAUGACUGGAUUGCCGGGGAAUCACUUGACCCGACUGGCGAGAAGGUACAAACUGGACAAACAAGUUCCUCGAGGCGUCACAUGAAUGAAGUUCAUCAAUGGGACUCGGUCGAGUGUGUAAUCGUGGGUCACUUUCGAUUUCGAGCCAGCGAUUUAAGUGCGCUCCAAUUGUGAAAACACUUGGCGCACUUGGCCGAAGGUUGCGGCUGCUGCAUCUUUCAGAUGCUAGAUGCGCGAUAUGAGAUACGAGCUACAAGAUACAAGAUACGAGAUACUCAGCGGAGAGUGUUACACAUAACGAUUUGGGCAAACAUUUUUCGCGUUGGCCCAGGGCGUUGAAUGUGGACUAUUGGGGUUGCCCCCUCCUGGGAGAUUCGAUUUGCAGCCGGGUUUGCUCCAGUUUCUCGCUUGUGAGCCCAAAAGACACGUGUCGCCGACUUCUCUCUGCAUCCGUAUCCGUAUCUUCGCUCUGCGCCGCCAUCUACUCGCUUUUGGCCAAGUUCAUCCGACGCUCUUCGCGUCUCUUUUGAUGCUUAAUUAAAUUCAUUUUUUUCGUUUAUUUCAUUUACCUUUUGUAAUGAGAUUUUGAGCACUCGGCGCUGCGGACAUCGAAUCAUAUAAAUUUGGACCGCGUUGGCCAAGUCAGCAUCAGUCGAGCAUCGAGCUUCUCCAUCGAAGCAUUUCAUCGAGCCAAAGGAUUACGGGCUUACUAAGCAGCAAAGGAUUUCCGAUUACCAGAAGCAAUAUGCGUGUCUCGUCGCUGUUCGUUGUGUGUGUGGCCUCCCUGGUGGCCACCACUUUGGGUCGUCCUGAGCCCCCAUCCCCGUACGCCUACCACGGAUUACCUCAGCAGCAGAGCCAGCGGGCUUUGCCACUCAAUGCUCACCCCGUGCCCCCGCAGAUCUACCAGCCCCUGCCCCAGGAGCAGUCGUUCGCCAACUUCGCAGCGCCCCAGCAGACCUACUUGCCACCCCAAAUGCAGCUGAAUGCCAUCGAGCAAGUGGCUCCCACUGCCGCCGCCGCUGAGCCCCUGAAUGCCUACGAUGACAGCUACAACAUGGCCCACCGUCUGUCUGGUGUCCAGCAUGCCAGUGGCUACAACAACGGGCCCCAGGAGACCAAGGUGCACAAGCACAUCUACGUCCAUGUGCCGCCCAAGGACUUCGAGGAGGAGGAUGCCAUCCAGACCCGCGUUCACCACCAGCAGGGACCCAAGCAGAAGCACUACAAGAUCGUGUUCAUCAAGGCGCCAUCUGCUCCGGCCAUCCGUCAGCCAGUGGUGCCACCACCACCCCAGAACGAGGAGAAGACUCUGAUCUAUGUGCUGCACAAGAAGCCCGAGCAGGAGCAGGACAUCGUGAUCCCGACGCCACCACCCACCAAGCCAUCGAAACCAGAGGUUUACUUCAUCAAGUACAAGACCAAGAAGGAGGAGGCCCCCGUCUACGGUCCCCCACCUGCAGAGAUGGAACCCCGUCAGGCCACCGCCGAGGAUUUCGCUCCAUUGGCCGAGGUCGCCGAUGUCCUGCCACCCACCACCUUGGCUCCCGCUCCCGAGCCGGAAGUCGAGCAGCCAGCCAUUCCCUCUGCGGUCUACGGACCACCCACUGCCGCUGCCUACACUGGUGAGGAGGUCCAGACCACCUUGUCCGCUCCUGCCAACCAGUACCUGCCCCCUGCCACCGCUCCCGCCGCCCUGGCCAUCGAAGAGCCUUCGAUGGCGCCCAUCGUGGUGGAGGAGCAGCCCGAGCAGCGACUGGCUCCCUCCCAUGUGCCUGCCACCAGCUACGGUCCUCCUAACCGCUACUUCCUGAAGAAGCUGAAGUGAAGGUCCCGGCUCUGAGAUGGUGAUGCCUUAGCCAAUUUCACAGUUUGUCAUAGUCUAAUGUCCAUUGGAUGCACCUCUACCCAAUCCCCAGUUCCCAAUUCACACAUGCACACGUGCCAAAACUUCCCAC